AUGACGGGUAAUGCUGUAUUUUUUGAGACGCCUGUACCAAAAGUAUACAAAGUGUUACCCCCCUCUCGAACAGAGCUGUCUGAGGUUCUUGCAUAUGUGUUCAUGGGCCCUUCCCGUCCAUCGACGCACGAUCAUGACCGUAUACCUCUGUUGGUCAAUAAAAAUAAGGUGGCUCGUGCGCUGGAGUGGUUGAAACUCAACCAUUGCGAUUAUCAGGACUUGGAGAUAUCCUAUGACAAUCUCAAUGAUUAUCCUGAGGACGUACCGCCAGUUUCCGUUCAGUUUACUCAAGCACCCGAUUUUGAUCCGUCAGAGAAUCUUGCACUACAUCAGACCGAAGACCCGUCAGCCACCGACAGUGGUCAAUGCAACUUCAUCGUUCAUGGCCUGACUGGGGAUAAGAUAGAAGGAGCUUCCAGCAAUGUUCUCAAGGCUGAGUCACUGAAACACUUGCGUCGUGGUGGAAAAGCACUUGGUGUAGGUAGGUCUGAGGACCCCGAAUCAACUUAUGACAACCCUCAGUUGUAUCCACAAAUGUUUCCUUGGUUGUUCCCGUAUGGUUUGGGCGGUAUUGGCAAUGAGAAUGGUAUUCAGCGAGUACCAGAUGCUGCUCGAAAGCGGGCGUUGCUCCUGUAUCAUGACAAA